CGAGGGUACUGAUGUGCGGGCGCUCUUCGAGCUCACGCUCAUGGACCAGAGCGGGAAAGGGAAGCAUAAGGUGCAUAGCCAUUUCGAUAGGUCGCUCUAGAGCUGGCCAUAUACGCUGAAAUACCGCGGUAGCAUGUGGGGAUACAAGCGUUUUUUCAGGAGAGCUAUGCUUGAAACAUCAGAUUUUCUUCGAGAUGAUUGCUUGAAGAUCAACUGUACAGUUGGAGUAGUUGUUUCUGCUACUGAUUGUUCUAUGUUACACUCUAUUCAGGUUCCAGAUUCUGAUAUUGAAUCAAACAUUGGGAUGCUUUUAGAAAACAUGGAAGGUUCUGAUAUCAUAUUUAAUGUAUCUGGGGAGAAAUUCCAUGCCCAUAAGUUGGUAUUAUCUGCUCGUUCCCCAAAGUUUCGGUCUGAGCUCCUUGAAGGAGUGGAUAUUGAAGUGGAAGAAGUUAUGGUACCGGACAUGGAACCUAAAGUUUUUAAGGCGCUGCUGCACUUUAUCUACCGAGAUACCUUGGCUGAAGAUGAGCUGAUAGCAUCUAGUUCUUGUUCUACACCUUUGGUAGCUUACACCUUGACUGCAAAAUUGCUGGCUGCAGCUGAUCAUUAUGACUUAGAAAGACUCAAAAGGAUAUGUGAAUCUCAUCUGUGCAAAGAUAUUUCUGUAGAUUCAGUUACACAAGUACUUUCUUUGGCAGAUAGUUAUCAUGCUGCAGAAUUGAAAGAUGUCUGCCUUAAAUUUGCCACUGAGAACCUGGCAGAUCCAAAAUGCUCUCUUAUGCCUAAGAGAGGUCGACCGCUCUCUCAAGCAUCAGAGGCUGCAGAGAAGCGACUAAAAUCAGAAAUUGACAACGCAGUAGAUGAUGUUAUUCCGGUUGCGUUUGCUAAGAAGUUGAGGGAUAGGUUGGCGGAGGGUGUCCCUAGUACGUCCGCAAGUGAUGUUGAACAGAAAACGAUUAAGAGACGAAAGACUGAUCGUCUUUACUGUAGACGAACACCGUCGGAAUUUCUAAACUGCUUGAAGCAGUUAAAUCCAAGACAGAAAAGGGCAGUUACGGAAAUUGGUUUUCGUGCAGUACUCUCUUUUGACAUAAAAGAAAUCCCUAGCUUUCUUGCUUUUUGGGUGUUGAACGCCCUUAACCUCGCCUGCUGCCAAAUAUAG